AUGAAAUCUCCUUUCUUUCUUUCUUUCGUUCUUUUCUUUUGUUCUUUUCUUUCUUUCUCUUCUUUCUUUCUUUCUUUCGUUCUUUUCUUUCUUAGGCUUCUUUCUUUCUUUCGUUCUUUUCUUUCUUUCGCUUCUUUCUUUCUUUCCUUCCUUUCUUUUGUUCUUUUCUUUCUUUCGUUACUUUCUUUCUUUCGUUACUUUCUUUCUUUCGUCUCAUUCUUUCCUUUCUUUCUUUCGUUAUUUUUUCUUUCGUUCCUUUCUUUCAUUCGUUCUUUUUCUCUUUUGUUCGUUUCUUUCUUUGGUUCCUUUCUUUCGUUUGCUCCUUUCUUUCUUUCAUUCGUUCCUUCCUUGCUUUCGUUCCUUUCUUUCGCUCUUUCCUUUCUUUCGCUCCUUUCUUUCAUUCGCUCCUUUCUUUCUUUCGUUCCUUUCUUUCAUUCGUUCUUUUUCUUUCUUUCAUUUUUGUUCUCUUUUUCUUUCUUUUUUGGUUCCUUUCUUUCGUUUGCUCCUUUCUUUCUUUCAUUCGUUCCUUCCUUGCUUUCGUUCCUUUCUUUCGCUCCUUCCUUUCUUUCGCUUCUUUCUUUCUUUCGCUCCUUUCUUUCUUUCGUUCCUUUCUUUCGCCCUUUCUUUCUUUCUUUCUUCUUUUCUUUCGCCCCUUUCUUUCUUUCGUUACUUUCUUUCGCUCCUUCCUUUAUUUCGCGCCUUUCUUUCUUUCGUUUCUUUUUUUCUUUCGUUCCUUUCUUUCGUUCUUUUCUUUCUUUCGCUCUUUUCUUUCAUUCAUUCCUCUCUUUCUUUCGUUCUUUUUCUUUUUUGUUCGUUUCUUUCUUUCGUUCUUUUCUUUCUUUCGCUCCUUUCUUUUGUUACUUUCUUUCGUUUCUUUUUUCUCUUUCUUUUUUUUUUCGUUUCUUUCUUUUUCGUUCUUUUUUUUUUUGUUCUUUCUUUCGUUCUUUUUUUUCUUUUCCCUUUCUUUCGUUUUUUCUUCUUUUUCUUCUUUUUUCUUUUGUUCGUUUCUUUCUUUCAUUCUUUUCUUUCGUUAUCUCUUUCGUUCCUUUCUUUCUUUCGUUCCUUUCUUCUUUCUUUCUUUCUUUCUUUCUAUACGCUUAUAUUUUAGUUUUUUCCUCAUUUUAUUCUCAUAACUACUUUCUUUCAGUUUUUGUUUUAUUCAUGUUAAAUUUUCUUUUCCAUUUUUGCCUUUUUAAUUAUUUUCUUUUCAUUUUUUUUCCUUUCUUUCAUUCUUUCUUCUUCCUUCUUUCAUAUUUCUUUUUGUUCAUUUUACUUUUCUUACACUUUUUCUUCCUUCCUUCUUUCUUUAAUUUUUAUUGUUUUACUUUUUGCUUCUUUGUUCUUAUCUUGCUCAUAGGUUUUUGUUCAUCCGACAUCACUUCAUUCUUUCUUUCCUUAUUUUCUCUUUCAUUUACUUUUUCAUUCUUUGUAGGUUUUGGUUUUUCUUCUAUUAUCGUUUGGCUUCCUUUCUUUACAUUCUCCGUUUGUCUUUAUAUUCUUGUUUUUCUUUCUCCCUUUUUCUUCAUUUUUAAUGAUUUUUUACUGCUUUAUAAUGUUUCUUCAAUUUUUCUUUAUUUUCCUUCUUCCUUAUUUUCGUCCUAA